AGUCUGUGGAGUCACGAAUAGUAAUGUACACAUUUAUGUUGUUUUUAAGUAAAUUGCAAUGUCAUUCUUGACGACAGAUGGACUUCUUAAAAUUGCUACGAAUGUGAGUCUUGCAUAACAUUUAAUUUGCGUUCUCAUCGUGACGUGACAUUUCUCUGAAAGUUGUUCUCUUAAGAUGGUCAGUUUAUAAGGAAGUCGACACAGUUCUGUAUUUUUGGAGAGCAACUUGAAAUGGUCAAUAAUCUUCAUGAAUUUAUUGUAGUUAAAAUGAAAUAAUGUGUGCAUUAGAAAGUCGGGUUUAUGUGGUGGAUGGUGGUUUUGCUACGCAGUUGUGUAACCACGUAAGUGAUCCAAUAGACGGCACACCUCUAUGGAGUGCUAGUUUUCUUUAUUCCAACCAAAAUGCAGUCAUUAAAACGCAUCUGGAUUUCCUACGAGCGGGUGCUGAUGUGUUGAUGACAAAUACAUAUCAAGCCAGUAUUGGAGGAUUUAUAAAAUAUCUUGGACUGAGCAAGGAAGCAAGCUAUGAGUUGAUUAAAACAGCAGUAAGUUUGGCAAAAUUAGCUUGCUCACUCUAUGCUACAGAGGUGGGAUCCACUGCAGAUGCACGCAAGAUACUAAUAGCAGGUGCAGUAGGACCAUAUGGGACUGCUCUACAUGACUGCUCAGAGUACACAGGCAGCUAUGUGGCACAUGUGAGUCGCAAGGAAAUUGCUGAUUGGCAUCGACCAAGAAUACAAGCACUGGUGGAGGCUGGUGUUGAUAUCCUUGCUUUUGAGACCAUUCCUGCUCAGUCAGAAGGAGAAGCUCUGAUGGAUCUGCUCAAGGAGUUUCCUGAACAGAAAGCUUGGCUUUCUUUCUCAUGUAAGGUUCGUACAGUUCAUUAUAACAAAUAUGUAACUGAAUGAACUACUUAAAUAAAAUAUUCACUACACUACCGUACAAUAUACACCAAGUCAUGAAUAUUUCAAAUUAUCUAAUGAAGAAUAUUCUAAAUAAGUAGAAUGAAAGGGCAGUCUAGACUGUAACAGCUGCAGAUUCACAACUACACAAAUGGCAGCAGAUUUCCAAAAAAUUGGUACUGCAGAAUUGAAACUAAAGAAGAGUUGCAAAAUCAUUUUGGAUAUUCU